AUGGUGUGUGUGUGUGUCUGCAUGGAGUGUGACUACCACACCAAGAGCUACGACACCCUGCUGGCCCACAACGCUCGCCUCCACCCCGGCGAGGACAGCUUCACGCGGACGACGACGAGGCAUAACAACGAGACGGUCGUCCAGCAGACCGUCAACGACCUCACCUUCGACGGCGGCUUCGUCAAGAUGGAGGCCGACGAGGCCGUUCAGCCCUACGACGAGGCCGGCGAGGACGCGUCCCGCCGGGGAAUCGCCCUCAGCAAGACGCCCAUCAUGAGGGUCAGGAGCCGCCGCCUCGAGCCCAAGAAGUUCGCCGCCGCCGCGCACAAGGCGGCCGCCAGCGAUGACGUCAUCAAAGUGGAAAGCGACGACGAAGACGAAGACAACGCGGAGCCGCCAACGCUGUCUCCGGCCCCGAUGGCGUCCCCGGCCCUUCCUCCUCCUCCUCCUCCUCCUCCACGCCUCAUCCCCGUGUCGGCGCCGCUGCAGGUGCAUGCCGUCCCGCAGAGCAUCGUGGUCAACAGCUCCCGCGGCGUGGGCGGUGGCGUGCUGCCUCCCGGCACGCUGGCGCAGGUCCUGUCGGCGCUGCAGAACCAGCAGAACUGCGCCCAGACGCAGCUGCUCAUCCCCAUCAGCAGCAUCCCCACCUACAACGCCGCCAUGGACAACAACGUGCUGCUAGUCAGCGCCUACAACCGGUUUCCGUAUCCCUCGGUGUCGGAGAUCGUGGGUUUGGCCUCGCAGACGAAGUUCAGCGAGGAGCAGAUCAAAGUCUGGUUCUCCGCCCAGAGGCUGAAACACGGAGUCAGCUGGACGCCGGAGGAGGUGGAGGAGGCGCGGAGGAAGAAGUUUAACGGCACGGUGCAGACCGUCCCUCAGACCAUCACGGUCAUCCCGGCCAACCUGGCCGCCGCCGCCGCCACCAACGGGCUGCAGUCCAUCUUCCAGACCUGCCAGAUCGUGGGCCAGCCGGGCCUCGUCCUCACGCAGGUGACCGCCGGCGGCGGCGGCAACAACAGCAACAACAGCGGCGGCGGCAGCAGCGGCGCCGUGCCGGUCGGCUCGCCCAUCACGCUCACGGUCGCCCCGGGCGUCCCCGGCAACCAGCCCAAAGCCGCCGAGCCGUCCGCGUCGGAAUCGAAGACCGAGAUGUCGGCCGGCGCCGCGGACGCGUUUGCGGCGGCCAAGCCGAAGAAGUCGAAGGAGCAGCUGGCGGAGCUGAAGGCGAGCUACGGGCGCAGGCAGUUCGCCACGGAGGCAGAGAUCUCGCGGCUCAUGCAGGUCACCAAACUCUCCAAACGGGCGAUCAAGAAGUGGUUCAGCGACACGCGCUACAACCAGAGGAACUCCAAGGACCACCACGUGCUGCUGGGCGAAACGCCGCACGCCAAAACGCCCGUGGCGGCAGGAGGAGCCCGCGGAGGAAGGACCAGCGGCGCCGGCCUCAACGACAACAGCAGCGAUGCCGCGGUAAGGCUGCGCAAUUAAUCGAAAUUCAAUCAUGAUUAUGAUUUCGGCUAAACUGACUCCUCCAGAUGGGUGGCUUCUCAUUAGGCACAUCCAUCUGGAACCUACCGAUGGAGAGGUUUUGGUGAAGGGGCGAAAAUACUGGUUAGCUGAUUGGAUAAUCCAUCUGUCUAUCUACCACCUAUAGAUGGUGAUAGACUUACAAACAUACACACACUCACACACACACACACACUCACUCA